AUGGAGGUUGUGCGGAAGGACGAGGAGAUAAAUAGGUUGAGCCAAAGGUAAGUGUCUUGACCCUUCAUACUUCAGAUACACCUGUGAAGUGGUAACUCGUAAUUGGCAGGGUACAUCAAAUAAACAGUUAUUUAGGGAUGUACAUACAUUUUCUACGUAUCCAUUAGAUGGGAUAAUUUCUGUGAAUCUAGGCAUGUGAGUAAUUUAUGUUCAAACUUUUAGUUUCAGGCCAGGGAGAGGUCCUGCUGCUCACCAUCAAUCUCAGAUGAACUGCUUGAAAAAUCAAGUUCCAGCUGGACAGAAUCCUACGGGUCCUCCUCCACCAACCCAAUCACCGGGACCUAGACAGGAUUGUGUUGUAAAGGAUCUUCGUCAGCUGCUACGUCAAGACAGAGAUGUGGUCCUCCCCCCACCCCCCUCUGACGCAACAGUUUUCAGACCACCUCUUCCUGUCACGUCAAAUACUUCUAGAGGUGAUUCAGAAGCUCCAGUGAAACGCACAUAUUCUUCUGUUAGUAGUUCCAGCAAGGACUCCGUGAAUAGACACCGUACACGUGAACUAGGCCCGUCAGACGAGCCAAAACAAACCAAGUACAGAGAAGGCAGAGGUGAAAAUCCCAGGCUGUCCGAGUCAAAGGAGCAGCGACAUAAAAACAGUCCAGAUGUAAAUAAGGAAUCUCAUUCAGAUGAGAGGAACCGGUCACACAGAGCACAAAAAGAUAUUGGAAAAUAUGACUCUAAGUCAAACAGAAGCAGAUACCUUCAUCCCUCAGAUGUUGAGGUACACAGGAGAUCAGAUAGGGCUAAAAGCCCACACUCAGACAUUUUGCAUUGCACUGCUUCCUCUUACCGUAUGUCUACAGGAUUGUCUAAAGACAGUGCAGACAUUCAACCAAAAGGUUCUAGUUGGCAUGAUAAGGUGCUCAGCUGUGAUAAGGAUGACGCUAAGCGUAGUAGAAGUAUCAAAGACAUUUCCUCUAAAAACAGAAGGCAUGCCUGUUCAAAUCAAGCUAGUCUCACUAAACGAUUCAGUGAAUAUUUUAAUCGCAAGGGAGGGACAAGUCCUCCAAGGGACCACCGAAGGAAAGAGAGAAGAAGAGAGGAUGAGAUCAGAAAAGAAAAAAAUAGAUCAGGGGAAAAAUCAGGAGAAAGAAAAAGCACUUGUACAGAGAGAAGAAAGGAGCGUGAGCGAUGCAGUGCGGACGUCAGUAAGGACCAGAACAUGGGCAACGGUAAAGUCAGGGAGCAAAAGACACAUGAGGAAUCUGAAGUGCUUCCACCUGAGGCCAAAGUGGCUGAGAAAAGCUCUAAAGAGGAAAACGGUCCAAACAGAAAGUUAAGUUUCAUGGAAACUCUGAACCUCACCCUGUCACCAGUUAAAAUUCCAAGACAGCCUGCUGAAGUCAAGGAACAGGAGGAGGGCACACCACCUGAUGAGGUUCCUGAAGACCAGUCAGCGGAAGACAGUGGACAGCCUGAUCUAGGAGAAUUGCUUGUCUUAGACAAAAUCAACAGUAGUGUAGUAGAGACCCAUGAGGUCUUAAUGAACCCAGUUGUACAGCCCUCUUCAGAAAUCCCAACGCCUCCAGAACCUGAAAGUAUGGAGAGUAGACAUACAGAGAAAGAAUCUUGUCAGGAUGCUGAAAAGGCUCUGUCUGAGGCCACAGUAGCCAAAGAGCAACAUAAGUGCCAGUUAGAAGUGGAAGACAGUACUGUCCAAGAUGGCUCCGAAGAAAGGCCUGAGCUGUCCGAGGCCAUAGAGGGUCAGAGGUCUAACCCCACCACACCAGAACUUAUCAGGAAGGAUUGUGUUUCAGCUCCAGACUGUGACAUUGAUUCGGAAACUCCACUGAAAAGCAGACUUGAAAAAUGUGCCUCUGAAAGUAAAAUUGGCACGUCUGAGGAUUUAACUGCUACUGGUGUCACUGCGGCUACUACUACUGUCACUGAGAAUUGUGGAAACAAUUCAAAUACCGACACUGGCCUAUCUGCUAAUGGAUUUACCCCUAAACAUUCAACUGUAGAUUCAGUGGUUAUUACUGACAAUUGUGUGCAUAAGUCCAACAGUGAAACUCCCAGUGCUUUGGUCUGUAAAAGCCAAGCUGUUGAAACUGUGACACAAGAUCCACCUGCUGCUGUCUGUGUGGGACAUCCUGCUGUUGAAGGUGGUCCAGGAAAACAAAAAUCUGAAUCUCUGCAAUUAUCACCCCUCGUUCAACCCGAGGGCCUUCAACAACAACUGCCUGUCUCCGUUAUUUCUAAUUCUAGUCUGGAGAAAGAUGUGACAGAGGAGGUGCAAGAUGUUUCCAAGGAUGCUGUGUCCAGUACAAUUAGAAUGGACGUAGAGAUCUGCAUUACAUCUGAGGUCAUUACUGAUGUCACAGAGAUAACUGUGGAGUAUGAGAAAGAGAAAACUGUUGUGGAACAAAGUUCACCGUUGAGCAGCAUUGGGGUGUCUAAGGUGAGCAGCACCACCACAGGAGAGGUUGCGUCAUCUGAACAGCACAACGGUGGUUUGGCAGAGACACUGAAGAAGUCCCUCAAUUCUGAGCCAAGCUACACAGAGAAUGAAGAGGAGAAUGUUGAGCCCUCUAGCUCCAUUCCGAUGGCCCAUGAUGAGGACUCGAUGAUGCUCACACUGAGUAGCCUAAAAGUCAUUCCACAUGCCAUAAGCCCACUCACAAGCCCAGUCCGCCCGAUGAGGAAAAGCCAGCAGCUGCCAUGUCACAGCAAACCUGCUUACGUCAAGAGUCUUCACAAAGGUAAGCAUCACUUGGUAUGGUUUAGUUGAACUAUUUCUGUUCUAGGCUAAAUGUUAAGAAAAUGCAAAAGUAUGUUGUUGUUAGCAAUGUUCCCUCUAAGCUGCGUGCAGCUCCCCCGGGACUACCGAGCAGAAUAAAUAUCAGCCCGCGCAGAGAAGCACGAGAUUGAACUUCACUCAACUUUUAGAGUUUUCCCCAUUAGUUAACACUAUCAACGUUUCCCUUUACUGUAGGAAUUGUGAUCGAAUCAAAGCGAUAUUAGACACUUUCAAUGCAAUAUACCGAAACAACACGAACUAUGCAAGAGAUUUUGUUGUAGGCAGAGCGCAUCGGAGUAGGAUUCUAUUGCAUUGACAGGCACGACUCAGCCCGUACUCUACACAGACCGGUGCUCCAUAACCAAUCAGAGCUGCAGUAGGCCUAUGUGCAAUAUUUUUAAUUUAACUUGGCAAGUCAGUUAAGAACACAUUUUUAUUUACAAUUAAGGCCUACCAAAAGGCAAAAGGCCUCCUGCGGGGACGGGGCUGGGAUGAAUAGACCAUUGCAAUGUAUGGAUUUGUGCCAUUCACUUUGGACUGGACUGUUUUACAGCAUGAGCGGUCGCAAUUAUUAUGCACUUGUUUUGAGAUCAAAGCGAGAGCUACAUGUAGCCACGUGUGCACAUUUGUCUUCACAGUAAAUGCGCAGCGGAAGUUGCACAGAAUUUUCUCAACGUUCAAGUUUGCACUCAGCAGACCUGAAAUUUGCUCAGUGCCUAAAUAAAUUAGAGGGAACAUUAGUUGUUUGGUAGGGUAAGCGUAGCUAUUAACACUAGAACCACCAUAGGCCAACGGCCUGAUUUAGUAAAUAAAAAAAAUCAGCCAAAUAAAUAACACUGCGCAUUUGUCCAAAUUUUGAAAUCACAAACAGAAAAGUAUUUAGUAUUUUUACCUGUUUUGUUUUUUUUCACACCUGUUUCUAACUUAACCCACAGAGACAAUGUGCUGUAGGACGUUGGUACCCAGCCAGGCGCUAAUGCGUCUAUCUCUCCUCACUGAAUCAAUGACAAAUGGAUGAAUGGGCGAUAAUUAUGCACUUUACUUCACAAUUUAAUUUAAAUUAGGCUUAACUGAAUUAUAAGGAGGGUGAAGAGGUAGAUUUUAAUUUAGAAAACAAUAGUGUAAUGAUGAGUUUGUGUUAGGGCUGACCACAGUUAUUUGACUGGUCAAUUGUUUGGUCGAUAGGCUGUUGGUCGACCAAGAUGUAUUUCUUUUUUUGUCGAGCAGUAGCAAAAAAAAAAUAUAUAUAUAUAUAUAUAUAUAUAUACAGUACUAGUCAAAAGUUUGGACACACAUACGCAUUCAAGGGUUUUUCUUAAUUUUUACGAUUUCCUACAUUGUAGAAUAAUAGUGAAUACAUCAAAACUAUGAAAUAACACAUGGAAUAAUGUAGUAAUCAAAAAAGUGUUAAACAAAUCAAAAUAUAUUUAUAUUUGAGAUUCUUUGAAGUAGCCACCCUUUGCAUUGAUGACAGCUUUGCACACUCUUGGCAUUCUCUCAAGCAGCUUCACCUGGAAUGCUUUUCCAACAGCCUUGAAGGAGUUCCCACAUAUGCUUAGCACUUGUUGGCUGCUUUUCCUUCACUCUGCAGUCCAACUCAUCCCAAACCAUCUCAAUUGGGUUGAGGUCGGGUGAUUGUGGAGGCCAGGUCAUCUGAUGCAGCACUCAAUCACUCUCCUUCUUGGUCAAAUAGCCCUUACACAGCAUGGAGGUGUGUUGGGUCAUUGUCCUGUUGAAAAACAAAUGAUAGCCAUGUAGCCUUUACGAAGAUUAGAAACAACUAGAAACCUUUGUACUCUCCAAGACGUUUGGAGUGGACAGUUAGUCGUUGAUGUAGAGAGAGAAGAACAAAAUCAGGGUUGAGGGAUAGAAGACCUACAACUGGUGGACAAAAAUACAAACAAAUGAGGGACAAGAUGACUAUUGGGCGACUACUCAUGUACUUUUGGGUGGGGGCAUUAUCAUAUUGUUGUCCUUCAUUCACCCAGGUGAUUCCGUUUAUUGGUCCACCACCUGUACCUUUUUAAUAAACAGAGGGAGAUUUAAACUGUCUUCAGAUAGGCUUUUGGAAGACAAGUCAAACUAAUUAACACGAUUAGCAGUACAGCAAAUGUGAAUCAGCUUUCAGAUAAUUCAUUGAAUUAUGUGUGUGUUAUGGUCUUUGUUGCAUGGCUUCUUAUCAACAGAGGGCCAGUGUGGGUGCAGGUUUGUGUUCUAACCAAGCAAUAACACACCUGAUUUAACUAAUCAUGUCUUGAUUGAAGUGUAUGAUUAGUUGAAUCAGGUGUGUGCUGGUUGGCAAGAACAAAAGCCUAAGUCCACAUUGAUCUCUGGAUACGAUUGAGCCCAGUUUUGUCAAAUAUAUUUGUAUGUCUUAUUAAAAUUAUUUGUAAGUAAAGUCAUACAACUUCACAUGAGAGAUUAAUCUUUCAUUUUAUAUCCACUUUUCUUAUAAAAAUUAGGGCAGUACAUGUUAGAAAUGUCUAAUCUUAGAUUUUAGUGGGUUUAAUAGGUUUACACACCCUAAUCGACUGCUUUAACUCCAUCAAACUGACUGUACUGUGUAAACAGGGUAUGCUUUUAAUUUGCUAAUCAAUGUAUUGUCUUUGACCAGAGUUGUCCAGUGCAACUGAAGAUUCCAAUUCAAAGAAGUUGGAAGUGAAUAAGGAGAACAACACUCCUGGCUGCUCCAUCACAUUUGCUGCACAACGAGAUGUGGAUGGGACCUCCGUCCAUUCUUCCAGCCCUGAGGAGGAAAUGGAAGAAGGUGAAAUUGUUAGUGAAAGUGAAGAGGAGGAAACUCCAGUCACGCCAAGUUCUCCAGCCAAGACGGUUAGGCCCAUAAGAACUGUUAAAAAUCAACCAAGUCCCAAGUCAUCCACUAGACUUUCAAAGAAGCCGGCCAAAGAAAAUAGUUUAGUUUCACAACGGAAUUUUAAACUCAGAAGUAAAACCUUGACUUCACCAGUUAGAAGCCCCACAUCAAACAAAACCCGCUACAAAACGAUUCAACCUCCGUUACCCAACGCCGCCUUGUCUACCGUGGAGGAAGUUAUGGACAUGCUUGCAAAGAUUCGCUAUGAGUGCAGAAAAAAGUACAUGAAGCUUCAUUCAACAUUCCCUAAGAAAACCUUCUGCGGUGCUAUGGACAUGUCCUUUUUUCCCUCUUUUACAGACUUUGUUGAUAGUGUAAGCUUUACUAAACUAUGCAGCCAAGAAGAUGACCUCAAAGUUAAACUGAAGAACAUCAUAAUGUCUGUUUUGAGUAAGUUAUUAAAUAAUGGCAUUGUCAACCGCAUCUUUGACCAAGAACCACUCAAUAUGAAGUCCAAACUGUGGGAAUUUGUGGAUGUGCAGUUAGACUUCUUAUUCCAGGAAAUUCAGACUGCACUGAUAAGUGUUAGCAAAUCCUCAAACGGAAGCCAGUCGGCAGGAGCAGAAAAAAGAGACGGGAGUCUCUCUGGAAAUGGGGUACCCAAGCUGCCGGUGAAGUCCCCCAAGCUGCCGGUGAAGUCCCCCAAGCUGCCGGUGAAGUCCCCCAAGCUGCCGGUGAAGUCCCCCAAGCUGCCGGUGAAGUCCCCCAAGCUGCCGGUGAAGUCCCCCAAGCUGCCGGUGAAGUCCCCCAAGCUGCCGGUGAAGUCCCCCAAGCCAUCUGUGGCCACCAAACUUAAAGGACAGCAGGGAGUGACCAGAACCAGAACUUCUGCACCUAAAAGACUGCAAGAGAAAUUAACCGACUGUGUUGAAACCAACAUGAAAAGAACCAGGUCUCGGACUGUCCCCCCUUGCAAAACCGGUCUUGGAAUAGGCAAACAUAUUAAAAUGUCCUUUGAGGAAGAGGAUAAGGAAUCGAAGCCUCAAACAUCAGAUCCUCCUGUUAUACAACCUCCUAUGCAACCUCCUUCGCAACACGUGGUAGAGAUCUUACCAUCAAACAGCUCUUCAUCUGCUGAGAAAACAGCUACCUAUGUUCGCCGGCUGUCUCAAAAUGGCUCACUCCAUGACAAGCCUGACUUUGAAAUCCUCACAGAACAGCAAGCCUCCAGCCUAACGUUCAACCUGGUAACAGACUCCCAGAUGGGAGAGAUCUUCAAGUGUCUCUUACAAGGGUCUGAUCUGCUAGAAACUAGUGUCUCAGCUGGGGACAAUCAUGGCUGGCCCCUUGGUACUCCACUGAAAGAAAGAGAGCGUUUCCUAGGCGUUACCACCCCAAGCAAUGUUUGUACCCCAAGUCAAGUUGGUACUCCCUCUAAACUCAUUGCCACGUGGUCACCUAUUUCACCUAUCAAGUUUUCCUCUCCAAAUUCAAAAGUCCAAAUUCCACUAAAUCCAACUUUGUUGGAUGAGCCUUGCAUGUUAGAGAUGCCCUCCGGCCUACCAGAAAGCAUAAUGACACCACAGUCCAGUGUGUUCUCGCAUAGAUCAUAUUCCAUCUUGGCAGAAGAUCUGUCUGGGUCUCUCACAAUUCCCUCACCUCUCAAAUCUGACAAUCACCUCAGUUUUUUGCACCCAGCCACCGGGGAGCCCAUGUCUGCUCCGGACAGUGUCAUCAGUGCACACUUCAGUGAGGAUGCUCUUAUGGAUGGGGAAGACGCUACAGAGCAGGACAGUCACCUUGCCCUGGACACGGACAACUCCAGCUGUGCAUCAAGCGGUGGUGGCAGGACCAGGGAGGCUCCUGUUAACCCUUUGUUUCACUUCAAGCCUCACUUGCCCAUGCAGGCAGUAGUGAUGGAGAAGUCAAAUGAUAAUUUCAUUGUGAGGAUACGGCAUGCAUCCACCAACCUAGGCGUCAACUCCACCAACCUAGGCGUCAACUCCACCAACCUAGGCGUCAACUCCACCAACCUAGGCGUCAACUCCACCAACCUAGGCGUCAACUCCACCAACCUAGGCGUCAACUCCACCAACCUAGGCGUCAACUCCACCAACCUAGGAGUCAACUCCACCAACCCAGUGUUCAACUCUUUAAGCCCAGGCAGUAUCAACUCUACCUACCCAGGAAAUAACUCCAGCAACCCAGUGGUCAACUACACAAGAUUAGGAAUCAACUCAUCAAGCCUAGUAGUCAAUUCUUUAAGCCCAGACAUCAAUUCCACCAACCCAGUGGUCAACUCCACAAACUUAGGAAUCAACUCAAGCCAAGGUGUCAACUCCUCAAGCCCAGGCAGUGUCAACUCUACCUACCCAGGAAAUAAUGCCACCAACCCAGGAAAUAACUGCAACUACACAUGUGUCAACUCCACAAGCCCAGAAGUCAUCUGCACCAACACAGGCGUUAACCCCACAAGUGCAUACAUCAAUCCUAGGGGUGCUGAGAUCCCUCAAACACCACCAGGAGAAGAAAAACAUGGUAAAGACAAAGAUCGGCCCCCAGAAAAAACGCCUUCCAAAGCCCCUUAUUCAGAGGCCAGUCCUCCUUUCUACCUUUCCACAAGCACCGAAAUAGCAUCUGCGCUAUCAUCGCCAUGCCUCACCAUCAUAGAAGACACACCAGAGAGAGACCACAGCAAGGGUAAGACCGGGAAAAAGCGGACAAUGCACCAUGUGGAAACUAAAGCAAAGCGGGCUAAAAAGGAGGUAAUCCCAGAGAAGAGCAUGCAUAAAAAGAAGUCGUCAAAAAGUCCCAAAGGAAAGGGGACUGGAAGCUCCAAGAGAGAGAGAAGUAAAGUCACUACUUCACCCCAAUCUACCCCAUCACCCAACAGCCUGUCUGCCAAGAAUAUCAUCGUAAAAAAGGGUGACGUGGUUGUGACGUGGACAAGGUGAGUUGGUCUUUAAAUACAUGCCUUUUUGUUAUGUGCCAUUUGUAUUAGCUGUUGGAGGGUCUCCGUGUCAAGUGUCAUGAUUGCCACUAAAAUAUUUGUUUUUCUUGAAGGGAUGAAGACCGAGAUAUUCUCCUCGCACUGAAGAUGAAAGGUGCCUCUCCAGAUACCUUCUCUGCCCUUUCAGAGAAAAUGAACAAGACACCCGCUCAG